CUUUACCAAAAUCACUUUUAACUUAGGCUUAUUACCUAGCUUAUAUAUAAUAUACCGUACAAGUUACAAACCAUACCAUAAUGGCUGUUUCAACUAAAUUGUUACCUCGUUGUUUGGCGUUUCUUCUUGUCUUGUCUAUCUCAAGAGCAAAGAUUGUGACUAUUGAUGUACAACAAGCCAAGAAUCUCAUCCAAACUGGUUACAUUUAUCUUGAUGUUAGGACGGUGGAAGAGUUUGUGAAAGGGCAUGUGGAUGCAGCUAAGAUCAUCAAUAUUCCAUACAUGUUAGAUACACCCAAGGGGUUUUAAGAAUGUGAAGGCCAUGGGAGGAGGUUAUGUGGAAUGGGUGAGAAACAAGUUUCCAGUGAUUACAAUGGUGGAUCGUCUUGGAUAACAAAGUCAAUAGGGAUGGCCAUAGCUUCCCCAAAUUUUCGUUAUCGAUAGGAUCAAGAUCGUCCCAAAAAUUUUGAAACUCCUAUGCAAAUUAUAAAUUUAGUGUCAUAUUAAUAUAUACUAGGGUACAGAGAAUCAUAAUAAGUCUUUGUAUUUGAUAAAUAUAUUCUACUCACCACAUUGAGCUUUUCAUAACUCAUUAGACAUGCUUCUUUUGAAUUGGGACAAUUAUGUUUCUAUUUGUAAUUUACAUG